AUGGACGCCGAGGUGUCCGAAGCCGGUGGUCAAGGGUCUCCUGGGCCAAGGCGAGCAAUACGUUGUGACAAGACGUCACCGUGUUCUAAUUGUCGAAGUGCCAAGAGGUCGUGUAGUUCCACGGGAGCUGGCCAAAAGCCUAAGGAAUCGCGACAACGAGUGUUAAUUUCUAGCCAAUACGAGCGAAAGAUCGACUUAAUCGAAGAGCGGCUCGGUGGUAUCGAGUCACUUCUACGGAAUCUAAGCCCAAUAUCGGCAUCUACAUCAUCCUCUGCCGAAAGCUCUACACGACGACAAUUCGAAAAGCUAACCCCAUUGUCUCUAAGUAGUCGAGAUGAUACAGCUAGCACAGUGUUUGACCCUGAGGAUGCGGGAGACUUUGAGGGCAACUCGUCUCUAGCCGCACAUACGGCGUUCGCGAGCGAGUUUCUCGAGCAUGCCGUGCAAGGAACUCCGUUAGAGCAACAAGGUGGUAACUCCAAGAUCGACGCAGCUUUAUCCUCUCUACGGAAGAUCGUAAAGAUGCAGGAAAACCGGCGUGCUGUGUCGUCCUUUCACGAAUUUCGCCUGCCUAGCCAGAAGCAGCAUUCUAGGUCCCAUUUACGGGAUCUACCUUUACCACCAAUGGAAAUCGUGGCACAAACGCUUCGGGAUAUGAAACAUGGCCCAUUGCCAAUGAUGCUUGCUGUCAUCUAUUGCUUCAUAGAUGUGGAGCAUUUUACCGAUCAAUGUCGGCGUGUCUACUUUAACACGGAAGACAUCACGGACGCCACAUUUAUCCUGGUGAACUCUGGCCUUGCGUAUGUGUUCUUCGAAGUGAAAUUGAGUGCGAAAACUCCUGAAGAGAAAGCCGAAGCCGACCGAUACUUCACUAUGUGCCAAAAGAAUUUAGACACAGUGCUGUCUCACAUCAAUCUCCUUAUGCCGGCAACGUUAGAAAAUAUCGAAGCAUUACUCAUGGCGUCGAGUUUCUCGAUAGACAUUUCACGUCCAUCUCUAGCAUGGCUUCUAGCAGAGCGCGCUGCGCAUAUGUGCCGGACGCUGGGCCUUCAUCAAGUCCACAGUAUGAAAGAUGACAGCCCACAGAAGAAGGCAGACAAGUCACUACUGUUCUGGUGUACAUAUAUGUUGGAUAAAGGGUUGUCGCUACGGCUAGGUCGAGCCUCUAUCCUGCAAGACUAUGAUAUUUCGCUACCGCAUAUUCUUCCUGAGACCAGGGCAGCGACGUAUCCCGGAAACGAGGUCAUGACGCUGUGGAUUAAGCAUGCGCAGAUACAGGGCCGCAUAUAUGAGCGCCUAUACAGCCCCGGCGCUUUGCGGCAGUCCGAGACGUACCGUGCCGAACAAGUCGGCAUUCUAACUUCAGAGCAAAAACACCUAAUGGCAGAAAGUCUAGCGCUAUUCGCCGAAUUCAACGCAACCGAUGCCGCCGAGAGCCGUAUGUUUGCCAUAAUGUUAAAAUCGGACGAAGUUUCGUAUCUUUCGUCAUUAGCCCUUACAUACCGUGCCAUGCCACCCACAGGUACCCUCUCACGCACCUUUGCGGAUGAGUGUAUCGAGUCGGCUCGGGCAGCCAUGGCAUGUCACCAAGAAGCGAUGGAGAUGAUGGAUGACCAGUCGUUGAAGAUUGUAUAUAUUCACUGGACGAUUCUUUAUGCGCCAUUCAUCCCAUUCAUCGUCAUCUUCUGUUUGGUGAUCGAAACAUCAAGUGCGGAAGAUUUACAGCUCCUAGCACACUUUGUACAAUCGCUAGAGGCAGCGUGCGACUUAUCAGAGUCAAUCAGCAAGUUGCACCAACUAUGCCAGGUUCUAUAUAACAUCGCCCAGCUAUAUAUUGAAGCUAAGGCGCAGCAGCCCGUUGACCAGGAUAUGGUACCCGUAGGAAACGAGUUUAACAUGUACUUGAGCCAACUGGGCUUCAUGCCUAUGGAAGACGGUCCAGCCAAUUUUGAUUUAGCUAGUACUGAUGACCAGGCUAGAUCCAUGGCGCAGACGGCGCAACUCGGGGAUUGGUUCUCUGGGGGUAAUCAUAUGCUGGGGCUACUUGAGGAAGAUCUUUCAGGAAUAAAUCCUUCGACCUGGCCGUCAUGA